UUGGCAGAUUUCUUUCUUGUGUCAUUCUUUUCAAACACGUGUUUACGUGAUGUAUGCACAUAAAUUAUUUAUCAUACUGUAAAAAGGUGUUAAAAUAAUACAAAAUGAGUUUAUACAACUUUAAGAAAAUAGCCGUAGUGCCUACGGCCAAGGACUUUAUUGAUAUAAUAUUGUCUAAAACUCAAAGGAAGACACCGACAGUAGUGCACAAACACUACAAAAUAUCAAGAAUACGUGCGUUUUAUAUAAGAAAAGUGAAAUUUACACAACAGAAUUUCCACGACAGGUUAUCUCGGAUUAUACAGGAGUUCCCAAAACUGGACGAUGUGCAUCCGUUCUACGCGGACCUGAUGAACGUAUUGUACGACAAAGACCAUUACAAGUUGGGUCUCGGCCAGUUGAACACAGCCAGGCAUCUUAUUGACACCGUCGCCAAAGAUUACGUGCGUCUCCUCAAGUAUGGUGAUUCUCUGUACCGCUGCAAGCAGCUCAAGAAAGCGGCUCUGGGUCGCAUGGCCACCAUCAUGAAGCGGCAGGCGGCAAACCUCACUUAUCUGGAGCAGGUCCGUCAACAUCUGGCCCGGUUGCCGUCCAUCGAUCCUUACACUCGGACCAUCAUAAUUUGCGGAUUCCCCAAUGUUGGAAAGUCUAGUUUUAUAAACAAGAUAACCCGAGCAGAUGUAGAAGUCCAGCCUUACGCUUUCACAACAAAGAGUUUGUAUGUGGGCCACACCGAUUACAAAUAUCUGAGAUGGCAGGUAAUAGAUACGCCCGGAAUCCUAGACCACCCGUUGGAGGAGCGCAACGUUAUCGAGAUGCAAGCGGUCACUGCGCUUGCGCAUCUCCGCGCCGCCGUGCUCUACUUCAUGGACAUCUCGUCGCAGUGCGGGCACAGCCUCCAAGACCAGAUCUCUCUUCUAGAAAGCAUCAAACCCCUGUUCGCGAACAAGCCGCUGCUGGUAGUUCUGAACAAGAUGGACGUCAUGACACCCGAACAAUUAGACCCGGAGAGGAAAGCGCUGCUCGACCAACUGCAGGAGACCUGCGACAGGGGCGGGCUGAUCACCGUAGAAACAAAUACGGAGUUGGCCAAAGUGCCAAUGCUACGUAUGUCCACAUUGACUGGAGAAGGAGUGCAAGAAGUUAAAAUCGAGGCGUGCGAGCGUCUUCUGGGCCACAGGGUCACUGAGAAGAUGAGGGGCAAGAAGGUGGACGGUAUCCUGAACCGCCUCCACGUGGCGAUGCCGGCGCCCCGCGACACCAAGCCGCGGCCGCCCGUCAUCCCGCCGCAGGUCGCCGCCCGCCGCGAGCGCGCCGACAGGAAGCGGAAGCUGGAGAGGGAGAUCGAGCUGGAGCUGGGGGACGACUACGUGCUGGACCUCCAGAAGAACUACAGCGAGAUCCCGGAGGAGGAGCGCCACGACCCGAUCCCGGAGUUCUGGGAGGGGCACAAUAUUGCCGAUUACAUAGAUCCGGAUAUCUUCCAGAAACUGGACGAACUAGAACGCGAGGAGGAGCUGCGCGAGAGUGGCGGCGUGUACGCCGUGCCCAAGCUGGAGCUGGACGACACCGUGCUGGAGGUCAGGCGGCUGGCGCAGCAGAUACGCAACAAGAAGGCAAUACUGAAGGACGAGUCUCGCCUGACGAAGCAGUCCACGAAGCCGGUGAUGCCGCGGAACUCCCGCGCGAGGGAGAGAGACCGCUCUGCUUCCAAGCUCAGGAACGAGAUGGAGAAACUGGGCGUGGACAUGUCGGCCAGCCAGCAGGCGCACUUCACCCGCGUUCGUUCUCGCUCGCGCUCGGCGCCGCCCGCCAAGCGCGCGCGCGGCCGCUCCGUCAGCCGGCCCGCCCGCGACGAGGUCGGCGUCAAGGAUGUUGUCAUGCAAAAGAAAGUCAAGAAACUCGCCCACGUGGCCAUCUCGAAGAAGACCAAGAAGAUGGGUCUCAAAGGAGAAGCAGAUCGAUUUAUCGGGACCAAGAUGCCGAAACACCUGUUCGCUGGCAAGCGGGGCGUGGGGAAGACCGACAGGCGUUAGAUGUUGUAAAGUGCCUAAAAAUACUAUUCAUAUUGUGUCAAAUAACUGUUUAAUAAAAGUAUGGAUAAAUAAA